GAGCAGAUGUCGCACAAAUUCCCCAUUCUUCAUGAUGGAUGCAAAUUGGAAAGGACUACAAACUGUAAACAAAAGCCUGAUGAACUAUCUCCCUUGGAAUCGGUUGAGUUUCUGGUUGCUAUUUCACCUGAAAACAUUUUGGUGAGGGAGCUUCAAGCAGCUGUCUUGUUUUCUCUUAAUAAAUUUGAGGAAAGUGCUGAGACUUUGUCGUUGGCUUUGAGGUUGGCUGAAUCAAGUGACACAAAGUCAAAUCUGGACUUGGCUGCACAGGGAAUGGCACCAGAGAGGGAAGCUAGUUUGUUAGUCGCCAGAGCGGCUGCCUAUUUUUCCACUGGUGGACGGGCAAAGGAAGCUUGUUCAGACCUUGGUGAAGGGUUUGCCGUUCAUCCAGCGACAGCCAGGUUGCAGUUCCAGAGACUUUUCUCCGAAAGUGGGGCAGGAGUGGCGGCCCGCAUCCAGCUGCGGCAGCAGGCCGAGAGAGGUCUGUCCAGCUUCAGGGAGACGGUAUUAGUCAGGCCUGACUUGCGUUCCUCUGAGGGAUUGGAGUUAUUGGACCCUGUCAUCGCUCAGCUGCGAGCUCUAUGCCACUUAGAGCCUGAUGGAGGGGGCAGGGAGCUGCGGGUGCGGCUGGCAGACUGCCUGCUCCUCCGUGGUGAGUUUAGAGAGGCCCUGUCUAUCAGCAGCCAACUAGCCGCUGCUGCCCCGACCCAGCAGAGCUACCAAAACACAGUGCAGGUGCUGCGAGGCUUUGCCCGUCUGCUCUGUGAGGACCAUAAAGGAGCUCUGGAAGAUUUCCAGGCUGUAAUCGAGCACAAUGCUCCUCACCCUCCGAGUUGUGUCCGUGCGCUCUGUGGCAGGGGGCUGUUGCGGAUGAUGGCUGGCUCACACUACCUGACCGCUUUGGAUUAUGUCACAGCAAGCCGGCUCCAGCAUCAGGACACAGCGCUGACCGUGAGGUGUCUGGUGCCGUGGAACUACCGAGGGCUCCUGUGCACCGUGCUCCUGGAGCAGGGAAGGGCUAUGCUAGAAGAAGUUGUAGAGCAAAGUAACAGUUCAGGUACCAGUGCAGGCCAGGAUCAUCAACUGAGCAAUGAACAGCCCUCUACGCAGACAAAAGAGAGUUACGGCAUCAACAGGGAAGGAAUGGCUGUAGGUGUGCAUGCUCUCGCAGUUCUCCUGAUGGAGUUGCAGCCAGGUGUAGAUGCAGCCCAGAUCCUCGCAGCAGAUGCUUUGUACAAGCUGGACCGCGUUGAGGAGGCAUACCGUCUUCUUCUGUGCAUGGAGCACUCGUCCCCACGCUCACCAGUCCUCAUCCGGCUGGCUCUGCUUCAGCUGCAUCGUGGUUUCCUGUACGAUGCCAACCAGCUGCUGAAGAAACUUAUCCAUUGUGGGGACACUAGCUGCCUACGCCCUCUGCUUUCGGUGGCAGCUCUAAAAGACAAGGCACUCCUGGAGAAACACUGUCACAACGCAUCCAAACGCAUUCUGGACAGCCAACAGGAAGAAAGUGGCAUCAGAGAGGCUGUGGCCUAUCUGUCCAUUGCCAUUAUGGCUUCAGGUGGUGAAGCAAUUGACUCAUUGUUGGAGAGAGCAAGAUGCUAUGCUCUACUGGGCCAGAGGAAGACUGCCAUUUUUGACUUUACUUCUAUCCUUAAAGAACACCCAAACCACGUGCAAGCCUUGUGUGGGAGAGGGUUUACCUAUCUCAUGCUAAACCAACAGAAGGAAUCCACGCAAGACAUACUGGCAGCUCUUCAGGUUGAUGCAGAAAAGGUCACACAGAGUAUCCUGUCCCUGAAAGACAAGGCCCAAAAACUUAUUUGUGAAUGGCUUCAGCAGCACUGCCAUGCCAGUCUUUCCACAGUUCUGUCAAAUAACCCUGUACCCUGUCGAGAGGAGUGUCUCAGAGAAGCCUUUCUUACUAGCGGAGCGCUUAUGAAAACUGACUAUAGGGAUCCGAGGUGGCACCUCCUCUACAUAGACACCCUGCUUGCUCAAGGGGAGGUGAAGGCAGCAGGUGUGCAUCUUCGGCAGGUCUUUGGGCAGGAGCCUCGUGAUGCAGCGGCCCAGGCCCGGCGGGGAGUGGUGGAGAGCUGGCAGCAGAACUACAGACUGGCAGCCAAAUGUUUGAGUGUUGUGUCUGAGAAAGAGCCCUCGGUACUAGACUUCCUCCUGGCUCUCAUGCAAACCCAGCAACGAAGACGCCUGGCACAGGCAGCAUCUCAGGAGGCCAGCGGUGUCUCUGAGAGUGGACAGUGGGAGCGUGCCCUAACUUUGCUGACGGUUGCUGUGCAAGCAGUGGGUGGCACAAAGCUCCAGCACCUGCGGCAGCGUGCGGCAUGCCUAGCCCACCUCGGCCUCCACGAGCGGGCAGUAUCAGACCUGGACCAGGUCAUCUGCUUGCACAGUCCGGACAGCAGCGAAGAACCUGCGGUGUGGGCUGAGGACCUGUGUCGACGUGGCCGCAGCCUGCUGCUCUGCUCCCGCGAUGAACUUGCUCUGCAUGACUUCUCUCAGGCCCUGGAGCUGCACCCGGAGCAGGCGCUGCUGUGUGUGGACGCUGGCCCAGGCAGGCCCCGCCUGGCCGAAGUCUUCUUGCGAUUUGCCUUGCGCCAUUAUGGAGAGCAGCAGCUGGACAAGGCCUGGUACCUGAUAGAGAGUGGCCUGAAAGUGGACAGCAGCCACACAGAGCUGCGGCGACUAAGGGCCAGAGUAAAGCGGGAGGUCUCUGGUCCAUGUAUUGUACACUAA